AUGGGACCUGAUCUUCAGGUUUGUGUAUCCAAAAAACCUACAUGUUGCACCAGGAAGAUGGAGGAAAGAUAUCAAAUUGCAGCUCGCCAAGACAUGCAGCAGGCGCUUCAAGCAUCCAGCUCUACAUUAAAGUUUCUAAUAUCUCGAAAUGCAGCUGUUUUUCAAGAAACCCUUGAAACACUCAUCAGACAAGCAGAGAAUUACACCAGCAUACUUUUCUGCAACACCUACAGGAACAUGGCCUUAGAGGCUGCUGCUUCAGUUCAGGAGUUCUUCACGGAUGUGGGGCUCUAUCUAUUUGGUGCGGAUGUUAAUCCUGAAGAAUUUGUGAACAGAUUCUUUGACAGUCUUUUCCCUCUAGUCUACAAUCAUCUCAUUAACCCUGCUGUGACUGACAGUUCCUUGGAGUACUCGGAAUGCAUCCGGAUGGCUCGCCGGGACAUUAGUCCAUUUGGUAAUAUCCCCCAAAGAGUAAUGGGGCAGAUGGGGAGGUCGCUGCUGCCCAGCCGCACGUUUCUGCAGGCACUGAAUCUGGGCAUUGAAGUCAUCAAUACCACAGACCACCUGCUCUUCUCCAGGGAGUGUGGCCGGGCCCUCCUGAGGAUGCAGUACUGCCCUCACUGCCAGGGCCUGACGCUCAGUAAACCGUGCAUGGGGUACUGCCUCAACGUCGUGAGAGGCUGCUUGGCGCACAUGGCGGAGCUGAAUCCACACUGGCAGGCGUACAUCCGGUCCUUGGAAGAGCUGUCAGAUGCCAUGCAUGGAACGUAUGACAUUGAACACGUGCUCCUGAACUUCCACUUGCUUGUGAAUGAUGCUGUGAUGCAGGCCCACCUGGACGGACAGAAAUUAUCGGAACAGGUAAAUAAGAUCUGUGGUCAUCCAAUCAGAACACCCACCGAAAGCCCCCGUUGUUCUUUCGAUGGGAGUAAAGAGAAGCUUAGAAUGAAGAUCUCUACAAGAAAUGGCGAAGACACGCUUGCCAACAGAAGAAAAGAAUUUAUCAACAGCCUUCGACUGCAUGGGUCAUUUUAUGGGGGUCUGGCUGACCAGCUUUGUGUUAAUGACUUAGCCGCUGCUGAUGGACUGCCAUGCUGGAAUGGAGAAGACAUAGUAAAAAGUUAUACUCAGCGUGUGGUUGGAAAUGGAAUCAAAGCCCAGUCUGGGAAUCCUGAAGUCAAAGUCAAGGGAACUGAUCCUGUGAUCAAUCAGAUUAUUGAUAAACUGAAGCAUGUUAUUCAGUUGUUACAGGGUAGGUCACCCAAACCCGACAAGUGGGAAGUUCACCUGGGCAGUGGUGGCGGCAUGGUUGAACAGGUCAGCGGGGACUGUGACGAUGAAGAUGGUUGUGGGGGAUCAGGAAGUGGAGAAGUCAAGAGGACACUAAAAAUCACAGACUGUAAGUUAUGA